CCAUAGAAACAGGAAGAGAGUGAGAUCCCCUGGAGCUAGAGUAAUAGAGUUGUGAGCCUUCCAAAGCAGGUGUUUGGAACUGAACUCAGUUGUCUCAAGAGCAGCACUGCUCUAUAUCAAAUCCAUGGCUAUCAGCUCUUCUCUCCCACCCCCACCAGCACUGCAGAUUGGAUCUAAGGACCCAUGCACUUCAGCGGCAUGACUCUCUCUCCUCUCUCUCCUCCCUGCUCCCAACUCCAUCGCCCUCUUCUUUUUUUCUCUUUCCUUUCACUUUUUAUUCUGAGUGAUUGUUUGCCUAAUAUACCUAGGCUGGCCUUGUACUCCCUGUGUUGUCAUGAAGUGUCAAGGCACAGGUGUGCGGGUUCACACGAAUCCAUGGAAGGAAGACUCAGAGGCACCUUAAGAAUGAAUUUAGCCUUUCGAGGCUGCAGGGGAUCCAGUCUCUAAGGACUGAAACACUUUCCGUUCACCCAGGGCAAUUUUAUUUUUCUCAAUAUUUACACUUUAGCCAGUUGAUUUCCAUAUGCUCAAAACAACCUGAAAGGAGCUCCCCAAAAUGCAAUGCAAAGUGAAAAUUCCUUGAUUCAUCAGGUACCACAGUUUUCUGGGCUUCCUCAACCAAGUUUGCAUAGGUAUCCUUGGGAGAGACUCUGAUACAAGAUUCACAUAGAGGGCAACAGAAGAAACAAAAGGUGAAGCAUGAAUCAGAAGCUGCUGAAGUUGGAAAACUUGCUACGAUUUCACACUAUUUGUAGGCAGUUGCACAGUUUGAGUCAAAGAAGACUGUUAGCUUGGUGGAAGCAUGGGUUUUCACCGGUUUAUCCAGUGUGGACAGAGCAGCUGGGUGCCCGGCCCUGGCAGACGGACAUGCUCGCUGGUGCUGCUUUACAUCAGCACAGGCUUUUUGUAACAAAGAAGGAAAGAAGACCAUCCGGACCUCAGCUGUCUCCAGUGAAAUCUAAAAGGGACGUACAAGUGUGGGUUGGGAUGACCGUCGAAGAGCUAGCCAAAGCGAUGGCCAAAGACAUAGACUGUGUAUAUGAAGCUCUACUGAACACUGCCGUUGACAUAGAUUCACUGGAAGCAAACUCACACUUAGAUGAAGUCUGGAUCAAAGAAGUUAUAAAGAAGGCGGGAAUGAAGCUCAAAUGGAGCAAAUUAAAACAGGAGAAAGUCAGAGAAAACAAAGAUGCUGUAAGAAGGCCCCAGGCAGACCCAGCUUUAUUAACACCAAGGUUCCCGGUCGUUACUAUCAUGGGCCAUGUUGAUCAUGGGAAAACGACGUUACUUGACAAACUUCGAAAAACUCAAGUGGCAUCAAUGGAGGUUGGAGGCAUCACUCAGCAUAUUGGUGCCUUUCUCGUCUCUCUGCCCUCUGGAGAAAAGAUAACCUUUCUUGAUACCCCCGGACAUGCUGCCUUUUCAGCCAUGAGAGCCAGAGGGGCUCAGGUCACCGACAUUGUUGUGUUGGUUGUAGCUGCAGAUGAUGGGGUGAUGAAGCAAACUGUAGAGUCCAUUCAGCAUGCCAGAGAGGCACAAGUUCCUAUUGUCCUUGCAAUAAAUAAAUGCGACAAAACAGAUGCUGAUCCUGAAAAAGUGAAGAAAGAGCUUCUGGCUUAUGAUGUGGUUUGUGAAGAUUAUGGUGGCGAUGUUCAAGCAGUGCAUGUCUCUGCACUUAAGGGAGAUAAUCUAAUGGCUUUGGCAGAAGCAACAAUUGCUCUGGCGGAAAUGUUGGAACUGAAAGCAGAUGCCACAGGUCCAGUGGAAGGAACAGUGAUAGAAUCUUUCACCGACAAAGGAAAAGGUCCUGUUACAACAGCUAUAAUUCAAAGAGGAACUCUGAGAAAAGGCUCGAUUCUAGUUGCUGGGAAGAGUUGGGCAAAAGUUCGACUCAUGUUUGAUGAAAAUGGAAAACCACUUAAUGAGGCUUAUCCCAGCAUGCCAGUGGGAAUCAUAGGCUGGAGAGACCUCCCUUCUGCAGGAGAUGAAAUUCUUGAAGUAGAAUCUGAGCCAAGGGCCCGAGAAGUUGUUGACUGGAGGAAGAUUGAGCAGAAGGAGGAAAAAGGCAAAGACGACCUGAAAAUGAUGGAGGAACAGCGAAAGGAGCACCAAGAAGCGCAUCGGCAAGCCCGUGCGAAAUACGGCAGUCUGAACUGGAAGAAGAGGUCAUACAUGAAGUACCUUGAAAGAAAGGAGCAGAGACCCGUAAAGCCCAAAGAAAAGGCAGAAACGGACUCAAAUGUGCUUCCUAUAAUUAUUAAAGGUGACGUUGAUGGGUCUGUGGAGGCCAUCUUGAACCUGCUGGAUACCUAUGAUGCUUCCCACGAAUGUGAACUAGAAUUAGUACAUUUUGGAUUGGGUGACAUUAGUGAAAAUGAUGUGAACUUUGCUGAGACAUUUGAUGGUAUCAUUUAUGGCUUUAAUGUGGAUGCAGGCAAAGCUAUCCAGCAAUCAGCUGUACAAAAGGGAGUUAAGAUUAAACUUCACAGAAUCAUCUACCAUCUUAUUGAAGAUUUGCAGGAGGAACUAAGCAGCAGAUUGCCCCCCAGGCUGGAGGAAUACCCAAUAGGUGAGGCUUGCAUACUAGCUACCUUCUCUAUAACAGAAGGAAAGAGAAAAGUUCCUGUGGCUGGCUGCAGAGUCCAAAAAGGACAGUUAGAAAAACAAAAGAAGUUUAAAUUAAUCCGAAAUGGACAAGUUAUUUGGAAGGGCUCAUUAACCUCAUUGAAACACCAUAAAGAUGAUGUUUCAGUCAUCAAAACUGGAAUGGACUGUGGUCUCAGUUUAGAUGAAGAAAAAGUAGAAUUUAAAGUAGGAGAUGAAGUUGUUUGUUAUGAGGAAAAUGAAGUUCCAGCUAAGACUUCUUGGGAUCCAGGAUUUUAAAAGUACAAUAAAAAAUGUUUCCUUCACA